AUGCCUGUUCAUUGCCUAAAGUUGAAAAUUGGUGCUGUUAUAAUGCUACUUAGAAAUUUAAAUCUCAAAGGUGGACUUUGUAAUGGAACACGUUUGAUGGUGCGUGCACUACACAACAAUUACAUUGAUGGUGAGGUUCUAACAGGUGUAUCAGCUGGUAACAGGGUAUUUGUUCCUCGAGUUCAAUUAGCUCCAUCAGAUUCAAAUUUACCUUUUACACUUAAACGUCGUCAAUUUCCAGUUAGGUUAGCAUACUCAAUGACCAUAAAUAAAAGUCAAGGUCAAACAUUUGAUAAAGUUGGUGUUUAUCUCAAAAAGCCUUGCUUUUUACACGGCCAAUUAUAUGUUGCAUGUUCAAGAACAAAAUCUUUUAAUAGUUUGUUUUUUAAAGUUGAUAAACAUGCAUUACAAGGUAUGUCAUUUAACAAAUAUUACACAAAUAAUGUUGUGUUUACAAAUGUUCUUAAUUUAUAAUUUUGACAAGUUUGU